AUGUGCGAUGCUCACAAUGUUUAUGAUACAAUUGAACUCAUAUCAGCUAUCGGAGUCCAAAAAUCAAAGCAGAGAAUCGAUCAUACUAUUAUUAAAUCAUUUUUAGCUGGUGUCUUUCUAUCAUUUAGCGGUCUGUUUCUCAUCAUUGUUGGUGGUGGAAGUGCUCCACUGGGUCAAAAUCUUGGUCCUGGUAUACAAAAGAUGAUACAAGCUGCUGUAUUUCCUGUUGGUCUGAUUUUGAUUAUUAUGACCAGUGCUGAAUUAUGUACUGGUAAUACUAUGAUAUUAAUGAUAUCAACAUUAGAUAGAAAAACUACAUUGCUUAAUCUUAUUAUUUCAUGGAUAGUCUCAUACAGUGGGAACUUUGCUGGCUGUUUAUUUUGUUCGGGUAUACUUGUUUACUAUGCAGGUAUUCUAUCUCAUGAUCCUUAUCGUUCAUUUACUGUGCAACUUGCCGAAGUCAAAGGUGACAUUGAAUGGCAUCAAAUAUUUUAA